CGUAUUCAGGUGUCUGUGACCGUUCCUUUCGUACUCUACUCUUGUUCGCUCCUCGGUCUGGAACCAACCCUUUCGAACGACAAUAUAGUAUUUUAUUGAUAGCGACUCGGUCGAUAACUCACUCGGAUUUAUCCAACGAUCAACAAGACACAACAAGAUGCAGAUUCAAAAGCUCAUUACAGCCCUCGCGGGCAUGGCCGUCGUUGCCGAGGCCUCUGUCGCCUUCCUCGAUGCCUCACCUCUGAGCGCCGCCCUCGCUAAGCGUCAACAACGUGGUGGUAACCGUGGUGGACAGGGCGGAAACGCGGGCGGAAACGCAAACCAGGGUGGAAAUGCCAACGCCGGUAACAACGGAGCUCUGUGUUUGCAAACGAACGCGGUGCAAAAGGGUUCGCAGCAGGCCGGACAGCCCAACGCGCAACAAGCCAACUCGAAAACCGACAAUGCCAACUUCAUCAACAUUUGCUCCGGUUCUACCCUCACCGAUGGUGAACAGAAGACUGGCGGUUCUUGCAACGGUAUCCCCAUGGGCAAGAUCCCCGCCCAGACCAAGAUGGUCUCUACCGUCAUCAACAACCCCCCUCACAACGGCAACAUCCAGGCCAACCAGGACUUCGAUGUCGAGCUCAAGGUCAACAACCUGCAAGCCGGCUCCUUCACUGACGCCCAGUCCACCUACUACUCUGCUCCCCAGGAUCUCAGCGGCGGCGGUACCAUUAUUGGUCACGUUCACGUCACUGUUCAGGAUAUGGGUAACUCUCUGACGCCCGCCACUCCCCUGGAUGCUUCCAAGUUCGUCUUCUUCAAGGGUAUCAACGAUGCCGGCGAUGGCAACGGCAACCUGAAGGCCACCGUCACUGGAGGUCUCCCCGCCGGAAACUACCGUGUUUGCACCAUGUCCAGUGCUUCCAACCAUCAGCCCGUUCUGAUGCCCGUUGCCCAGCGUGGUGCCCAGGAUGACUGCAACAAGUUCACCGUUGGUGGAAACGGUGGCGGCGGCAACAACAACGGCGGUGGUAACAACAACAACAACAACGCCGCCAACGGAGGCAACGCUGCCAACAAUGGAGGCCAGCAGAACAACCAGGGCGGAGCUGCCCGUGGAGGUAAGCAAGCCGGCGGCAGACAAGGCGCCGGCGCUGCAGCAGGCGGUGCCGGUGCCGGACGUGGCGGUGCUGGACGAGGCGCUGGUCAAGGUAAUGCUCAAGCAACACCUCAGAACCCCCCUCAAGGAUUUCCCAACACUCAGUUCCCAGGCCAAUUCCCAGGCCAAUUUCCUCAAUUCCCUGGAAGCGCACCCCCUGGACAGGCCACAACACAAUCCCAGACCGGAAACACACAGGAAACUCCAAAUGCUAACAGCUCCGGCCAGGACGGGGACGCCGCCAGUAAUUCGAAGAACGCGACGGCGACUCCUUCGGUAGACCCGACGGCAGCGACGCCAACGCCCACCCAAGGCGGGGGCGCCUCCAACAAUGGCAACGCCAACAGCAAUGGAUCCGGACAGAACGGCAACGGUAACACUUCUUCUGGAUCUGGAAAGGGAGGCGCGACGUCGAACGCUAUCGGCGGAAUCGCGGCCCCGGCGGUCUCGGACUCUGGCGAUAGCAGCCGACCAUUCUCCGUCAACGGCAACUCGUUCGUUUCCAAGGCCAAUGCGGCGCAGCGUGCUUGCGAUGUUCAACGGAAUGCCUGUUUCAAUGCUUUCAAUGGUGGAAAGUUGAACGGGGUUACCACGGCCGACUGUGAUGCCCAGGUGCAGACCUGCAUCCAGGAGCUCUCAUAAUCGAAUGCCUUUCGACGACAAGGACAACAACCGAGGGAUUAUUGGGAUACGCACGCGCGCGCUACUACGACAAUACGGGCCUUUUGACAUCAUAUACAACGACAAGU